AUAAACUCAUGGCUCUGAAUUUUCCAUCUCUAUCUCACCAUUUGUUUGAAUAUCUUCUUGUUCCUCCUCCUCCUCUUGUGAUUAUCUAUCUCCAUGGCUCAUUUGCUGUCGCCGGUUGCCAUUCAGUUUCAAAAGGGAUGGAGUUCAGGAAGCAACAGAUGCCACCGGAUGUUGGCUACCAGUAUGAGGUGGAACGCUCGGGGGAGGCCAAGACGAUCUGUAAGACUCAAAGUGGCCACUGAUCCGUCUCCCUUCUCGUCAGAUGCUCUUGCCGAUGAUUACUAUGCUGUUCUGGGACUGCUUCCAGAUGCAACUCCAGAGCAAAUCAAGAAAGCCUAUUAUAAUUGCAUGAAAUCUUGUCACCCUGACUUGAGUGGCGAUGAUCCAGAGACUACAAACUUUUGCAUGUUCAUUAACGAGGUUUAUGAGGUUCUGAGCGAUCCAGCUCAGCGAAUGGUUUAUGAUGAAAUUCAUGGAUAUGCUUUGAGUGCAAUAAAUCCUUUUCUUGAUGACACCUAUCCCAAGGAUCAUGUCUUUGUUGAUGAGUUUAGCUGUAUAGGGUGCAAAAACUGUGCAAACGUAUGCUCAGACGUGUUUAUGAUAGAAGAAGACUAUGGUAGAGCCAGAGCGUGUAACCAACAGGGAAGCCCGGACUUGGUUCAACAAGCCAUUGAUAGUUGUCCUGUUGAUUGCAUCCAUUGGACUUCUGCUGCACAACUAUCCUUGCUUGAAGAUGAAAUGCGGAGGGUUGAAAGAGUGAAUGUUGCCUUGAUGCUUGCAGGAAUGGGUUCAUCCGCAGAUGUUUUUAGAAUGGCAAGCACUCGAUGGGAAAAGAGACAAAAUAAGAUUUUGGAGCAAGCUAGAAUAAGAAUGAUGAAAUCUAAUGACAAAGCUGAACCUUACUGGACCAACCUUUGGGGAAAUGCUAAAAACCAGCCGAGUACAGAGGAGGAAGUGAGAGAGAGAGCAAGCAGAGCGGCUGCAGCUGCACGGAGAUGGAGAGAGUACUCAAGACGAGGUGUCGACAAACCUGCCACCUACAAACUUCCUGACAAUUUAUCCACUACUGAAAAAUAAACCUCUCAUCUUUUUCUUCUACUCUAAUGGCUAGUGGUCAUGACCCAUAUAUUGUAUAUUUGUUAAGGCACACAACCAUUAUGUGGAUGUAUAUAGCUGUAUAGAUUUAUGAAAUAUUAAGUAUGUAUAGCCUCUUUGCUUAUAUAAUGCUCUUCCUUAA